UUAGCAUCAUGCAGUGGCAAGGUUGAUCUUCAUACAGAGAGAAGAGGUGUAAUCUACAGCCCCUCCUGGCCCCUCAACUACCCCCCCGGGAUGAACUGUUCCUGGAACAUAGAGGGGGACAGGGGAGAGGUUAUCACCAUCAGCUUCCCUAACUUUGACCUGGAGGAGUCCGGUCAGUGUCAGGGGGACUGGCUGCUCCUAGGACCCACCUGGAGAGAGGAGUACCGGGUGUGUGGCUCCCUCCUCCCACCUCCCUUCAUCUCCUCCAGGGGAAGAGUCUGGCUCUACUUCCACUCACAGGCCAACAGCUCAGGACUGGCUCAGGGGUUCAAACUGUCUUAUAUUAGAGGUCCCCUGGGCCAGUCCAGCUGUCAGAGGGAUGAGUUCCUGUGUGGUAACGGUAAAUGUCUUCCCCGGACGUGGCGCUGUAACGGCCUGGAUGAGUGCGGCGACGCUACCGACGAACGGAGCUGUGCCCCCCCUCCGACCCCUCCCCGCACCUCCCUCUGCCCACCCGGCACCGCCCCCUGUACCCAGGCCCAGUCCACUCGCUGCCUGCCCCCUUCGCUGCGCUGCAACGGAGCCCGGGACUGCCCCGAUGGCUCGGACGAGGCAGGGUGCCCCGACACGGCCUGCGGGAAACGCCUGGGGAACUUCUACGGAACAUUCGCCUCCCCGGACUUCUUCCGUCCCAACCGCAGCGCUGUGGGGGAGCUGAGGUGCUCCUGGCUACUGGACACUCAGGACCCUAAGCCCAUCGUGUUGCAGCUGGACCUGGGGUUAGGGCCAGGGGACUCCCUCCAUGUCUAUGAUGGGCUGGUCCAGAGAGCAGAGCGCCUCCUGCAGGCCCUGUCGCAUCAUAACAACAGGAGACCAGCCCUGUUAGAAUCCAGUAGAGGACAGAUGAGUCUGCAGUACCUGGCCCAACCACUCAGCCCUGGGCAUGGGUUCAACGCUACAUACCAGGUGAAAGGUUACUGUUUCCCUGGGGAACACCCGUGCGGAUUGGACCAGGGCUGUUACUCUGAACGGCAGCGCUGUGACGGGUACUGGCACUGCCCUACGGGGCGCGACGAGGAGGAGUGUCCAGUUUGCCAGGAGGGGGAGUACCCCUGUGAGGGGGGCAGUGGGGCCUGCUACCCUGCCUCUGAAAGAUGCAACAACCAGAAGAAGUGUCCAGACGGUUCUGAUGAGAAGAACUGUUAUGACUGCCAGCCGGGGAACUUCCACUGUGACACCAACCUGUGUAUCUUCGAGACGUGGCACUGUGAUGGCCAGGAGGACUGUCUGGAUGGUAGUGACGAGAGAGACUGUUUGGGAGCUGUACCCAGGAAGGUGAUCACUGCUGCCCUGAUUGGUUCUCUGGUCUGUGGCCUCCUCCUUGUCAUCGCUCUGGGCUGUGCCUUCAAACUCUACUCCCUCCGGACAAGAGAGUACAGAGCAUUUGAGACCCAGAUGACCCGUCUGGAGGCGGAGUUUGUUCAGAGAGAGGCUCCGCCCUCCUAUGGUCAGCUGAUCGCCCAGGGCCUCAUCCCUCCGGUGGAGGACUUCCCUGUGUACAACCCCAGUCAGGCCUCCAUGCUCCAGAACAUCCGUACAGCGAUGCGUAGGCAGAUCAGAAGACACUCCUCCCGCCGGGCCACGUCACACCGCCGCCUGAGGCGUCUUUGGAACCGUCUGUUCCACCGAGGGACCCGUCUCCGCGGCCAGAUCCCCCUCCUCACACCCCCCGGGUCUCAGGUGGCUCUGGGCCUGCACUCCUACCACACCUCGGAGGGACCUGGAGCCAGGGCUGGGGAUGGAGGUGGCGGGGCGGGCAUGGUGGGAGGCAUGGCAGGCAUGGGACCAGCAAGGACCCCCUCCCGCUGCUCUACAGCAGCAGUAGGCUUCACCCUGCAUGCCCACACCCAGGCCUUGUCACAGUCCCAGUCCUCCCACCCCUCCUUGGAGUCUCCCCCACUCCCCACCCUCCCCUCUGACAACUCCCAGCCGCCCUGCCACCACCCCCUGACCUCCCCCCAGACGUCAUCCCCCUCGGGGUCUUCAGACGACAGUCAGAGGUUCCAUGCCCUGGAAGUGCCAACCCAGGAGAGGAAGAGGAGGAGGAGGAGGGGUAUAGGGGUGCCUAGUGGACUGAACACCAGCAGCAGUGAGGAAGAGGAGGAGGAGGAGGAUGGAGAUGAGACUCUACUGAUCUGCUAG